AUGACUUCAUCAUCUCACCUGAGCUCAAAAUUCUGGUGCGUGAAGGCGUCCCUCGGGAGUAUCGGCAGAGUGUGGCGCUGUUUGGUCCGAGCCAGAACUUUGACAAGCCAAGAGUGCCACACGCAACGCUAUCAGCAGCUGUGUGAGAAGAGUCGGACAGCUCCUAAUCCUGCCUCCAGGCAGGUCCAGCUGGACCUUCACCGAACCCUGACGACCAAUCAGCACUUCUCCUCGCCGUCCAGCCCCGCCCUCCAGCCCCACCCUUCAGCCCUGCCCUCCAGCAGCUCCGCCGCAUCCUUCUGGCCUUCUCCGGGCAUAACCCUGCCAUUGGCUACUGCCAGGUUAGCGGCCCUCGCUCUGCUGGUCCUCCAAAGUGACGAAGACGCCUUCUGGUGUCUGGUGGCAGUGGUGGAAGCCAUCAUGCCUCAGGACUACUACACCAAGAAUCUGGUGGCCUCUCAGGCGGACCAGCGCGUGCUGAAGGACUUCAUGGCGGAGAAGCUUCCUCGCCUGGCAUCUCACUUUGAGGAUCACAACAUUGACGUCUCUCUGGUCACCUUCAACUGGUUCCUGGUGGUUUUUGUGGAGAGUCUGCCCAGCGACAUCCUGAUGCCUCUGUGGGACGCCUUCCUGUAUGAGGGUACCAAGGUGAUCUUCAGAUACACUCUGGCUCUGUUCAAAUACAAAGAGGACGACAUCCUGAAGAUUCACGACAGCGUGGAGAUCUACCAGUACCUACGCUUCUUCACAAAGACCGUCUCCAAUGCCAGGAAGCUGGCCAGCAUCGCCUUCAACGACAUGAACCCACUCCCCAGCCGGCUGCUGAGGAACCGGCGAGUGCUCCACCUGGAGCGCCUGCAGGCGGAGCUGCGUGAGCUGGAGGAGCAGCACAAGGAGUUCAUCACAGAGAGCGUCGUACGGAAAGACAAAGAGCUCGACGUCAUGGUGAGCGAGGACGACGAGGACCUCUGA